AUGGAUGGCGAAGAACAAGAUGCCAGAGUAACAGCUCUGAAUGGUUAUGAUUGGCCAGUCGCCCUUCCGAAAAACAUUCACGAAGCCGACCUUCCUAUGAGAGAUAUAUCUUUCCAAGCUGUGUGGACUGUGUCAAGCUGCAAAUCCGAAGGUAAUGGCAUUCACGAGCUGCUUCAUGACAGUGUCGAGAAGUACUGGCAAAGUGAUGGACCUCAACCCCACACUGUUACGAUAGAAUUUCCACGGAAAACCGAUAUCUGCUUCGUUAUGAUGUACCUUGACUUCAAAAAUGAUGAAUCCUACACACCAAGCAAGAUAGUCGUUUAUCUGGGAUCGUCCUUGAUGCAUCUUGAUGAUGGCUUACCUGUGGAGUUUAAUGAACCAACUGGUUGGCAGCUCAUCGAUCUGCGAUCCCGCCGAACGAAUAGGCCAUCUCGGGCUAUGGUGGUGCAGAUUCAAGUGGUGCAUAACCACCAAAAUGAAGGUAAUGGCAUUCACGAGCUGCUUCAUGACAGUGUCGAGAAGUACUGGCAAAGUGAUGGACCUCAACCCCACACUGUUACGAUAGAAUUUCCACGGAAAACCGAUAUCUGCUUCGUUAUGAUGUACCUUGACUUCAAAAAUGAUGAAUCCUACACACCAAGCAAGAUAGUCGUUUAUCUGGGAUCGUCCUUGAUGCAUCUUGAUGAUGGCUUACCUGUGGAGUUUAAUGAACCAACUGGUUGGCAGCUCAUCGAUCUGCGAUCCCGCCGAACGAAUAGGCCAUCUCGGGCUAUGGUGGUGCAGAUUCAAGUGGUGCAUAACCACCAAAAUGGUCGCGACACCCACAUAAGACACAUUCGCGUGCUUGGGCCCAGCCGAUCGAGGUUUGCUUCGCAUUCUCGACUGCAUGCUGGCCGACCAGGCACCGUUGAUGAUUUUGUGUUACCCCCGGUUUCAGACCUGAACAAACUUAUCAGUAGUUGCAUGGCUAUCCGAUAG